AUGGCUGCGCCCUAUGUUGCCGGACUCGCUUUGAAUGCGAUGGCCGUCUUCUCCGAGAUAAGCAUCCAGCUCCGUUGGUUCCUCCUAGAAGAAACUGCUACUAUAUACAAGGUCCCGGGUGACCUUCUAAUAAGCAGGCGGCUUGCGCGCGCUAGGAGCCUAAGGAUGCGACGGAGGACGAUGCUUGCUAAGCAGUUGAAAGGUAGAAAACUGCUAAAGGAGAAGAAGCAGUUGAUUAGCGCGGCUGCUGCCAAUGGUGGAUACUUGGACCAUGAAGCAGGUGUGGAGACCCCUAGUGAAAGCGUGGGGGCGCCCCUGCGCACGCCCUGCCUGUCACGCUAA